AUGCUGUCUGUACUGGUCGCCUGUUUCGCUUUGGCGACAUCUGUUUCCGCAACAGCCUUUACCGACUUGAACUGCACGAACGGCGAUGCCACAACAUCAGCGUUCCUUGCCUCAGCAACUGCAUGCGAUGACAACUACUCUGGGGCAGCAUGCACCGCCCUAUUCGGUGUUGCAGCCGCUGGAGGAGGGACAACCGACAGGGACGCUUUGUGCUUGACGACUCCAGAAGUGAAGGAGAUCGCCAUCGCUAACUGCCCGAAGCACUGUGGCUACUGUUGUAUGACUCCUGAGUUCAAGUGCACCAACAAAGACUUUCCACGAGUGAGAUGCUCGACUAUUACUCCGCCUCAGUGCAGAGACCCAACAUGGAGAACAAUCAUUGCUGAAGACUGUCCGAAUGUCUGCGGUUUCUGCCUUCAAGGUGGAUGCGUCGACACAACGAUCGAAUGCGAGAAUGACCCGGCCAUCUGCAGAAAUGUCGAUAUGCAACCAUUCGUCCGGUUGCCAGCGGAACGAGCACUUGCUCUGAUUCGAGCUCUAGGUAGGAAUUUGGAUAGUUGUCUCUUUCUCGUCCCUCAACACGGAAGUAUCUUUUACAGUUGCGCCACCUGGAUAAGAAAUGGCUUCUGCACCAGCGCCUUCUACACUGCUGCCCAGAAGAUAUCUUACUGUGGCAGAUCAUGUAAUCUCUGCUAA